AAAUAUUCAUGGUCAUUUCAGGGUCAUUCGGUUCCGUCAUGAAGGUUUCCCGGUUCUUGAUAUCUGCUUAUCGUUAUUCGUAUUUAUAUUAAGCUGACACGAAAAUUCAUAUAAGCUUUGUUAAUUUUUAUUCUUGGCGUCGUCAUUUUUAUAUUCAUUGCAGUUACCCUACAUAAUUAGAUUAUAACCUAUGCCUAUAGGCAUAGUUUAUCUAUUUUAAUUUACCUAUAGCUAAAUUAAAUUUGCUUCUAAAACAUUCAGAAUAAAAAAAUUAGCUUCACAUCUUUAACAAUAAUUUUAAAAUAGGUUCAGAAGGUAGUUUUGUCACUUUUGGUUUGUAGUUGGGGUUUUCAUUACGAAGUGAUAUCAAACACAGUAGAAGACACAUUAGGCAUCUAAAGCAGUACGUACGUGGUUCAUUUUCUUAUCUGAACGAUAACGAUGGGGUUCAUCUACAACCAGCUGGCGAACGUCUAGUGAGGUGUGACGCGUUCCUUCGUCCCACCCUGCAAUUGUCCAACCGUGCUAUAGUCUCACCAUGGAACAGAUGACACAUUUAACGACAGUUCUUCGAAAAUACCAGUUAACUUAGAAUCCGUGAUGAAGGGAAUCUGCUUUCAGCUCAGCUUUUACUUAUUAUCCGAGAUUCUUUAUGUUAUAUGUGAUUGAUUCGCCCAUAAAUUAUUGUCCCGUCGUAUUUUUUAUUUUACCCCAUACUGAUCAUUCAACAUAUGGGGCCAAGCCCAAAGCGUAGUUUUGUACACAUUACUAGAGUUCUAUAUUAGUUGGUUUUUGAUAGGAAGAUGGUUAGAAUAGUCUGUUAAUCAUGCGUAAUGAAGCUUGUUUAACAGGUUUACUCUUCAUCAGUGUAAGGUUUGAGAGAUAUUUUUCUGGUCAAGAUUUAAGACCCCACUGCUGAACGAACUCAUGACCUCCAGGUAUUGUGGUGAGCACUUAACCUCUAUCUAUGUUUAACUCCAUUCGAUUCGUUAUGUAGCACAACUACUCAAUCUUUAGUGGUCAACUACCUCACACCAGACAUUUUGACUCCAUUAGUCUUAACUUCUAACCAGGACUCCAUGAUUUGUCUUUUAAAAUAAAUCGCUAGUAGGGGCAUAAUAAUUCCCAGUAAUUGGUUUUGCGAAAGUUCUUGAAUUUUAUCGAGAUCACUUUAUUUCCAACACGAUUUUAGUCGGGAAUUUAUACUAUUCUUUUUUUAACUGAUGAUAAUUAAUUUCCCAUGAACGUCCGUGCAUACUUUAUCUCAGUUUAGUCGCAAAAUUCUUUGGCUGGAUGCUAAUGACUGACUUAAACCUCGAUAUUCAACUUGAAUACCAUAUAAUUAUCAACGGUCAUGCUAAUUUACAAUGGUUAAAUAAAUCUUUGAAGUUGAGAGCAUGAAUGUAACAACAACCCACUUUCAUAAAUCAUCAGUUAUCUGCCUGCAUUUGAUGAAAAUUCCUCCAGAUUUCAUAUUCGUAAUCGGAAAUUUCAUCCGUUUAAUAUGUCCAAAAGUAAAGAGUGCAAGACAAAUCAUUUCGGAUAAUUCUUGUUUCAAAACAAAUGUAUUAUCAUUCUCGCUGGGAAUGUCAAAUAUGUGUUACCCUCCAAAUUCCAAAGUUUAUAAAAGCUAUCUAAGUAAUCGUGUCAGUGAUGGGUCUCUUUCGAUGCAUUUCAUCAAUACUCUGUUUUGUCUUUCAUGAACUUUACUAUACUAUAUUAGAACUCAUUCAUGCUAUUUGUUAUUCGUAGUUUGGAAUAAGUCUUCCCAUUUAUUUUUUUCUGUACCUUUUAAUUCUUAAUACUUUUAGUUUCGUAUACGCCGCUUAGCUAUAAAGCUAUUUAUCAACAAAGUCAUCGCUGCUACAUCCAUGUACUCGUUUGUUCAAAGUGUGCUAAAGUUCACUAAAUAUUCAUUAAAAAACCGGCUUAUGUGCUUUAGUUCCAUCCAGCAUCUAUACAGCAAACAAUUUUAAAGGGUACACUUAUCAUCUUGUGUAAUGUACGAUUGAUACAUCUGACAACUACCACACACAUGAAAGGAUUCGAAAAUACUAUAAAACUUAAAGUGUGAUGAAUGGCUCCAAGUAGUCAUUCACUGUUUAACAUGCUUCUUGUUUCUUGUGGAGGUUUUAUAUGUAGAAUUGUGUUAAAUUUGAAUUUUUUAUCUGGUAGAAUUAACAUGUCUACAUGCAUCAGUAAUAUUUUCCAAAAUUUUAGUCUAUCUUAAGCAUUCCAUCAAUGAUUGGAUUUUGUACAAGUAUCGGGAAGAUUUCAACUGGAAUACGGACGUUUACAAAGGUAAUAGCUGCAUUUUUAGAUAAAUUUGCAACCAGGCAAGUUUUCUUUUUGCUCCGAUCCGUAACAAAAUCUAUAUUGAAGUUUAUGGGUGUCAAAUGAACCAUAGUGAUACCAAUAUUGCUCAGAGUUUAUUAACAAAAGCUGGGUAUACUAUUGUCCCGUCGGAUGAACAGUGUGACACUGUCUUGCUCAUGACUUGUGCCAUUCGAGAUAGUGCUGAAGUAAAAAUUUGGCGACGUAUUCAACACCUGCGAUCUCUUCACCGUAAAUCAUAUAUAAAAAUAGGUGUUCUAGGAUGUAUGGCCAAAAGGUUAAAGGAUAAACUCCUUAUGGAUGACAGCUGUAAAACUUUAAAAGCGGGUGAUCUUCAGUCAUCUAAUUUUGAUCACGAUAAUUACACUGUUGCGGCAGAUUUUGUUUGCGGCCCUGAUUCUUAUCGUGAUUUGCCGAAACUUAUUGAAGAUGCUCAUUCUGGACUAAAAGGUGCUAGCGUCGCAUUGUCUCUGGAAGAGACAUAUGCAGAUGUAACUCCUGUACGACGUCAUUUUACAACCGACGAAUCCUCAGACCCAAUCCCUGCUCCUACGGCUUUCCUAUCAGUUAUGCGUGGGUGUGAUAAUAUGUGCACCUAUUGUAUUGUACCUUUUGUCAGAGGACGUGAACGCAGUAGACCAUUGGAUUCAAUCCUUCACGAAGCACAAAGCUUAUUUAAUGAGGGAGUAAAAGAAAUUACUUUGCUUGGACAAAAUGUUAAUAGUUAUUGUGAUAAUUCGAAUACAGACUUAACAAUCAACUCGUCUAAAACGAUUUCAACACUUGUCCCUGGAUUUAAAACUGUUUAUAAACCAAAAGUUGGUGGUUUAAGAUUUUUCGAUUUAUUAGACCAAGUAAGUCAGAUUAGUCCAGAACUUCGUAUUCGAUUCACAUCACCACAUCCAAAAGAUUUCCCAAAAGAGGUUCUUGAACUAAUUUCUGAACGUAAAAAUAUUUGUUCAAAUAUACAUUUACCAGCUCAAUCAGGCAGUAGUGUUGUUCUAGAAAACAUGAGAAGGGGUUAUACUAGACAAGCCUACAUAGAGUUAGUGAACACUAUUCACGAAAUAGUUCCAAAUGUUAGCCUUACAAGUGAUUUUAUCGCAGGAUUUUGUGGUGAAACUGAAGAAGAUCACUCUCAAUCUCUUGAGCUCAUUGAACGUGUUGGUUAUUCAUUUUGUUUCUGUUUUCCGUACAGUAUGCGUGAGAAAACUUUUGCAUAUCAUCAUUUAACUGAUGAUGUACCAAUUGAAGUGAAAAAACGACGACAUGAAGAGUUAUCAAUGAUAUCUCGAAAUAAAAGUUUAGAGUUUAAUCAAAAACAAAUUGGCUCUAUUCAAAUUGUUUUAGUUGAAGGACCUAGUCGUCGUUCACCAACGCAAGUGUUUGGACGUAAUGAUUAUAAUACGAAGGUAAUUUUCGACCAAGAUGUUACACUAAUACCAACUACCAAAAAUCAAGAUUCUUCGCGUAUAUCCUUCAAGCCUGGUGAUUAUGUGGUUGUUGAGGUUUGUAAAUAUUUCUAUUCCAUUAUAUUUUAGUAGUGAUGGUAUUGGGAAGAUAGAUCACAGUCAAUAUAGCUUCAAACUAUAGAGCGAUUUUAAAACUAGAUACAGAGCUCAUUCGAAGGGAUUCAGUGAUAAACAAAAGUUUCAGUCAGUCGGCUACAACGCACCAUGCAUAAGCAUCGGUCCAGCACAAGAUGAACUCCAAAUUCUUAGCAGUUACUUCAACCGUAGUAAAAAAUAAAAUUCUAGUGAGCAUUGCGCGUUGUGGUAAUCGAUUUUCAGGUAUUGGUAACUCGUGGCCCAACCUUCUCAGUCGAUGAAAAUUCACAACCUCACCAACUGAUUUACAAUCAUUCCCUAAUACUUUGCACCCAAGCUCACUAUUUCUUACCCGGUGAUCCCAGCAGAUG